CUAACGAAGUAAUAAACAUAUCAAAGUUACUAAAAUUGAGUAGAAUUUUCUGCUCCGAAAUAAAGAAAGAAAAAUAUUUGACUGGAAUUUAGUGACAAGUGAAUUGAAUUGAGCAAGGUGCACACAACUCCAACCUCUCUUAAGCUUACCUACCCCUUCUUUUGAUUGUUAGGUACCGCUGCCUGUAUUUAUAACUCCUCACUCAUUUCCUCACUCUCAAAUACUCAAUACUCUCUCUUUCUUUCUUUCAAUCUUUCACCUGUUCCAGCUCUGCUAAGGAGGUUUUUAUUCAACGAUAAUUAUGGGAAACGAUGUAAUGGUGGAUGAUAUUGCUUUUGCUCCCGAAUUCACAUUGACCAAACCGCUAUCACUAUUCGGUUAUGGUUGCACAGAACUUGAAAUUCACUAUCUACAAAUAAAGUUCACAGCAAUUGGAGUCUACUUGGAGAAGGAAGUGGUACAACACUUGCAGAAAUGGAAAGGGAAAUCAGGAAAGGAGCUUGCUGAUGAUGAUGAAUUUUUUGAUGCUCUCGCCGCAGCACCUGUAGAAUCAGUUAUUAAGGCUGUGGUGAUCAAGGAGAUCAAAGCUUCGCAAUUGGGCACGCAGCUGGAGGGUUCAGUAAGGGACCGUUUGGCAGACAUUGACAAGUAUGAAGACGAAGAAGAAGCUGCCCUUGAGAAGGUUGCUGAGUUCUUCCCCACCAAGUACCUCAAGAAAAACUCUUACUUCACUUUCAGCUUCUUUGCUUCAGGCACAGCUGAGAUCGCUAUAACCACAGAUGAGAAAGAAGAAUCGAAAACAACAGUGGAGAACAAGAAUGUGGUGGAGAUGAUCAAGAAAUGGUAUUUAGGGGGAAGCAGGUCAGUGACUCCUUCAACUAUUGAGUGCUUGGCUAACACUCUUGCAGCUGAGUUAUCCAAGUAAAUGUAAUGUAGUGUAAUGCAGAUGGUAUAAAGGCUCCUUUUUAGGUUGUUUUUUAUGAUUUCUGUUGUUUAGCAACUGGUAGAAAACUAUUGUUUUGGUGGGAUUUCUUAUGAUUUUCUCAUCUACUAAUAAUACAUGUUCUCUUUGAUUCUAAAUAACAUAUGCAAGAUUCUCAUCUUUUGCUUA